CCGUGACGGAUAAGAUCGAGCGAUAGUUCAUAUACAUUUAUUCAUACAAUUUAUAAGAUAUCAUCUCUCAAUUGUUCACAAUCUAAAAUUUCAUAUAAAAAUAUUGGUUCAGACAAUCGAAGACCCAUUACGAGGAUCUGAGAGAUUUGUUCGAGAACUCCUAUGUUGGGCUCCUCACUGGUGCCUGGGAUUUUCUAGUAGAGAGCGGUUUUGUUUAUUUGCAAAGAGAUGUUGGGGUUGCUGUGGUUUUAGUGUCGGAUUUGGGCCGCGAAGAUUGAGCUGGAGCAGAGGAGAAGAUCCACAUCCCUUAGGUGGAGCUUCGAGAGAUCACGGCUUGGAGCUUGGAAUCGAUUGUUUGGACGGGUUCGAUUGAUAGAGAUAUUCAGCAAGAAAUAACGGACAAAACUAGUUUCUUGACUCAAAUUUCUGUUUUUCACUAAGGAGCAGAGAGUUGCAGGGUGUUAAGCUCAACGUGUGUUUGCUGAAAUUCCUGAGCGAAAACGAAAUACAAAGGAAGUAUUCCUCUGCUUAGCUUUGGGUCCGUUGAGUACUGGUGAGUUCUUUGUUUCCUGUUUCCUUUUUUUGCUGGCUGGUCGUUUAUCUCCUUGAACUAUUUUUACGGCUGAAUAUCCCCUGAUACACGAGAAAUUCUUGUGUACAUAGAAAUUACUUUCCUAAUUUUAAGGUUGAAUCUCUCCUAAUAUACUUGAAAAUUACUUUCCAAUCCCUGUAGAUCAGGUGGCAUGGUUGGCUUUAUAUGCCCUUUUAGUUACGAAUCUGUACUCGGUCUACUCUUUUCCUCGUAUCAAGGAUUUAGUUCCUAAAACGAGGGCCUUUGAUCAGCUAUGAUUUCUGGGCUAGCGUAUUUAACUUCUUCCAUUGAUUAUAUCUGUCUGGAAACUUUUAAGAGUACAAGAAUCUGUACGAUUUUCUGAUACGAACGGAUAUGUUGGUUCCCAAACAAGGUAUUGCUUCUUCUGGUUUGCAAUGACAUGGUUCUUCUGAUGUCAGAGAGGAUUGACCUUCUGAGAAAAUGGAGAAUUCUUAUGAAACAUCGAAUGGAGAUAAGGCAGCCGAUCCGGGACUUCAGAUUAUUAGGCACCCAUCUUUCCAACCUUGCACUAGCUUAUCCUUAUCAUGGUUUGAUUUGAGAGUUUUCUACGUUAGAAUCAGCAAUUUUGUGGUUGAUGAUUCUACCCCCGAGUGUCUCACUGUGAAACAUGUCCCUCUGAGCCCUGACACCGUCCUUGAAGUGAAUGGUGUGAGGUGUUCUAUUAACUCUGAAGGGAUCUCUUCCCUUCUUCGGAGGGACAGAGUGGAUAAGAAAUCAGAGGAAGCUACAUUUGUUAGCACGGAUAACAUAAGGUUGACAGGGAGUGUUAAAUUUGAGGUUUUUGAUAAAAAUGAUCUGCUGCUAAAUGGGGUUCUGGAGAUGUCUAAUGCCAAUGGUUCGACUGGAGAAUUUAAAAGCAUUGCACCACAAUGGAGCAUGAACUGUGAACCUGUUGGCAGUGGAUUCUUGAAAGGGAAACACAUUGUGGGAUCGUUGUCAUCGUCACCUACCCUUGAAGUUUAUGUUACAGGUCGCUUCUCAGGAACACCGAUUAUCCUAACCAAGACUUUGCAACUUAGUUCCCGAAAGAAGCACAAUAGGAAGGGGACAUUAAAUCCAAUCCCAGAGAAUGAAUCAACUGAAUCCCCGAUAAGAGUUUCAUCUGUAUCUGAUCUGCAGGUAGCAGAGCACAAGAACAGCAAACCAGAGAGCGAGGAUGACUACGACAUGUACUGGGGGCGACAAGAGUACGCGGAAGGCGACGAUGGUGAGCUCUCCUGGUUCAAUGCCGGAGUGAGGGUUGGCGUGGGGAUAGGCCUCGGCAUUUGCCUGGGAAUCGGAAUAGGAGUGGGCUUGCUCGUUCGGACCUACCAAGCUACAACUAGAAACUUCAAGAGGCGGCGUGCAUGAUCCCGGUUUACCCGAACUCAUUUCCUUCUUAAUUCUUCUGUUAGAAAGGCUAACUAUUUAUUAUAGUUUACAGGAUUGGUGUUUGUUUUCGUGAUAUGACUAAGUGAUUUUGUGUGCUUGCUUAGCCAUCUAAUCUUUCUUUUGAGUUUAUGUGGACGGUUUGGGUUUGUCUU